AAAGAGUCGAAGCGUUAUUUCAUCAACCAAAACAAACAAACAAACAAAAAAGAGUCGAAGCUUUAAAACGAGAGACAGAAAUGGCGACGUCGGGAACAUACGUGAAGGAGGUUCCAUUGAAAGGGACGGUGGAGAAACACUACAAGAAGUGGAGGAGCGAGAACCAUGCCAUCUCGGAAGCCAUCGGUCACCACGUCCAAAAUGUCACCAUUCACGAAGGCGAAUGGGACUCUCACGGGGCCAUCAAGACUUGGGACUACACACGCGAUGGGAAGCCGGAGGUGUUCAAGGAAAGGAGAGAGAUAGACGAUGAGAAGAAAUCGGUGACGUUUAGAGGACUUGAAGGUCACAUGAUGGAGCAACUCAAGGUGUAUGACGUCAUCUUUGAAUUUAUUCCGAAGUUGAAGGAUGGCUGCGUCUGCAAAAUCACUAUGAUAUGGGAGAAGCGUAACGAUGAGUUCCCCGAACCAAGCAGCUACAUGAAACUCGUCAAGAGCAUGGUUGCUGACAUGGACGACCACGUUCUCAAAGCUUAAUCAUCAUCAUUCAUCAUCAUCGCCAUCACAAUCCACCAUCACCAAUUCACCAUCACAAUCACCGUCACCAUGAUCAAUAUCAUCUCCACCUUAUUAAGAUGCUUUUCAAUUCAAUAAAUGGGGUCUUGCUGAGUUUAUAUCUUUGUAAGACCAUGAUCUGAUAUGUUCUUGUGGUCAUCGACCGGUUUGAUAUGUUAUGCUUUGAUAAUAUGUUCUUGUUUACUUAUCAAUAUAUUCCAGUGUUAUUAAGUGUGUCA